AUGUCAUCAUUUUGGAAUCCAAAUCCUGACUUAGAUCGAACUAUUUCGCGAAGUCCAACUCCAGAAAUUCCAAGAAGAGGGGGUGAUUCCGAUAACUCAAGACAAGAUGAUGUUUGGAACGAUAUGCAAAUGCAGUAUGCCAGAAUGGAGCGUAUCAGACAACGAAUGAUGGAAUAUAGAGCAAUUUUGCAAUGCCUAAGAUCAUUACGCUCAGCAGAAAAUAUGAAAUAUCGUACAAAGCAUAGAAUGAUGAAGGAAAGAUGUGAAAGAUACAGGCAGAAAGUGGCUGAGGAGAAAAGAUUGAAUGCCACUUUUCAAGAGAGUUUUUUAAUGUUAGAACGACAGCUUAGUAAUUCCACACGACAAUUAUUUCAUCUACAAGCGGAAAGUGAACGUGAACGAAGAAAUAUGCGUCUCUUAGAAGAGAAUUUCGAGCAAACUAAGGAGAUAUUAACUCAAUUUAGAGGACGAAUUGCAAAGAAGAAUCAUAUCUGGAAUCUUACAGUAAAGAAUGCUUUACGUGCAAAACGUAUCGCUGAAGGAAAGCUUCGAGAAGCAUUGAUAAAAUAUGAGAUGGAAGUCAAACAUUCUACUGAAUUGGAAGAAGGUAUGAAGGAACUAAAAGCUACAGUUAAACAAUUGAAAUUGGAAUUGGAACAGAAGGAACGAUUGUGUAACGAUUCCAAAAUACGUCUAGCGAUACAUAGCGAAACAGCAUCUUUGGCAUGUCGACAAAUUCAGGAAGCAAAUAAAAAGACUGCUGAGCUUACAGAUGAAAAUGCAAAAUUACAUUUGCAAUUUGCGAAUGUACAUUUGAAGCUGAUUGAUUCACAAGAAGCUCAUAGUGAAAUGGCAAUAGAAAUGAGUCGAAUUAAAUUUGAAAAUGAGAAACAUUAUGAAGAGUUACAAAAGCUGAAACGUAUAAUUGAAGUUGAAAUGGCAUCAUUAAUCAAAACAGCUGAGGAAAAUCGUAUUCUUCUCAUACAAAAGGGAUGUAUGGUUAAUUCGCUAACUUAUGAAAAUUUAGAAAUCAGAAAAAGGACUGAAGUAUUAGAAGAAUUGAGAAAAUAUUUGGAGGAAGAAAUUUGUAACACUACUGCAGUACUUCGAGCACAACAUCAGGAAUUAUUAGUGUAUGAUACAAGUCAAAAAAUUCGAAACCGUAAAGCUGGCUCGUCGAACAGAAAGCGUGAUUUAGCGACAAAUUCAACUGUAUUGCUAGAAAGGAAAGUGGAACAAUUUCAGCAACUUAUUCAUCACUCAAUUUGUCGUGUUAUCGGAUUUCGUAAUCAAGUUACAUGUAUGCUUGAAAAUAUCGAUAAUUUCCUCAGAAUGAUAUAUCAAGAAAAUUCAGCAGUUCUACGUGAAGAAUUACAAACGAACUAUGUUUCUGUUUCUGUACGCAACCAAAUAAGCAAUCAGAAUCCGUACAAUCAAAACAUAUUCGGUGGUGGAAUGCAGCAGAAUUUCGCAUUUCAAAGCACAUCUUCAUAUGGUAGAAACAAUAUUGAAGCUGGAUUAUCGGGAAUAUCGAAUCAAUAUCAUCAUCCACAACAGAAUAUUCAAUUGGACAAUAAUGAUGUUGAUGAGGUGAAAACUACGUUUACUUUUGGUAAUGCCCAUAUAGGAAGUCAGGAAGUCAUUCUUCAGAUAUGCGAGUAA